CUUAUAACUUCAUAUAUAUAUAUAUAUAUAUAAACACUGGGGCUGCUGAAACUUUGGUGAUAAUAUUACGAAGCGAAAUAUGUAAGCCUAGUGGGAAACGCAUUCGUUUUACAUUGGUCAAUAACACAUGUAUAAUCAUUUCGUUAAACAGCGUAAACCCUGAUUCGAUGAGCGGCAGGUAGAAAACAAAAUUAGGACUGACCAUUACGCGUACCUAUUGUAAUUGCCCAGGACAAGGCGGCCGACGAAAGCGAAAGUCCACCAACGACCUUGUCGCUAGGUUAUUCAACUCCAGGAAUCCCGGCCGUGUCCCGCCACCAGAGGGCCGAGGCGACUGCAUCCCCCUGCGUACACAGAUUCCAUCGAGGCCAAUUAACCUGUAAGGAUCACCUGGAACCGCCAAUAGUCUGUCACGUUUUCUGUUGGACACGGCCGGCGCUGCUCAUUGGCUGGCUCGCUCGCGGCGCGGACCAAUCGGCGCGCUCCCUCGCGUCCUUGAAGGUCGGAAGGAACAGAGGAAGUGUAAGAACGGAAGCUGUUUCGCAUCAGUUAGCGGUGAGAAACGUCGACGGCAAGACGUAUUAGGUUGUAGCUCUCGGUUGCAUGACAGUGAGUGUGGCAGUGUCUGGACGAGGAUUCGGUGGGUGGCUCACGAGGCCGAAACGACGCUCGCAGAUUGUUCGGGGGAGAAGGAUGUGAUCCGAAACCGGUCUGUCCCCCAACGAAAGUGAACUGGUGCCUUUAUAUCCCAUUGCAGUGUAAAACAGUGCUUGUCAGCGGGCCAUUUCUCCAUCCUCGACGCCGUAUACAUUAAAAUAACGUCAACAUGAAGGUGUGGCUAGCGCUUCUAGUGGUCGUGGCAACAGCCUCUGUGGUGCAGGCGCAGUUCAGGCUCCCCUUGCCUUCGCCUCCAAGAAUUCUCUUCGGCGGCUUCAGACCCUUCUUCUCCAGGCCACGCCCUCGGCCACGCCCACGUCCUCCUGUGCUUGUCCCAGCGAAUCAGUUCCUCCAGCAACAGAGAUUUCGUCUUUGCCUUGGGAGAAAUGGGAGAUUGCAUCGUUGUCACAGAUUUAGGACGGAGAACCAAAUAGUGCCACCUCCGCCACCACCUCCGCAGCCAGUCUUCAGGCCUCAGCCACAGCCAAUACCACAGCCACAGUCCUCUGUUAUUUUUGCACCUCCACCAGUCUCUAGACCAACUCCACCACCUCCACCACCACAAGCACCACCCGCACCACCAGCCCAGCAGUUCCUCCCACCAAGUCCCCCGGUGAGCAACUCUGUGCAGUUCCGGCCUCCACCACCACCUCCAUCUCCAUCUCCGAUCAACGAUGGCAGGAACUUUGGAUCUCCCAAGCCUGAUUCCCUCCUGCUGCAGCCCCCACCACAAACCUUCAGACCAUCGCAACCUGCAUCUCAGCCCCAGACACUGCAGCCAUUCCCUGCACCAAUACCCGGUCCAAGUUCAAACAAUAUCCUUGGAAUGACCCCACCUCCCCCACCAGCACUGCCAGCUCCUGCACCUCCAGCACCCCUUCCAACCCCAGCUAGACCUCCUCCACCACCCCCAGCUAGACCUCCACCACCACCCCCAGCUAGACCUCCACCACCACCACUUACUCCCCCACCGACCACACCACAACCUGUAACUGCACGACCAGUGAUACCUAUUGCUCCUGUGUCAAACUCUUUAGACAACCUUUUGGUGAAUCCUGUUCCGUCUGUGAAUGCUGGAGUCCUGCCUCUUGCUAAUGAACAGCCAUCAGAGGACCAAAAGUUCCCUCCUUUCGUCUAAGUAUUUGUAAAUGAUUUAUUUGUAUCAUAUUUAAUGCACCUUUUAUUUUAUAAGUUGGACAUCAUUCUUGAAAAAAUAUCAAGCUCAGCUUUUGUAAAAUAUUACAUUUCCCUUACAAACUUGUGUGAAAUACAUUUAGUGUAAUGAACAUAAUUAUUGUAUCUGAUAAUUGUAAAUUGUUAGGCACCAUAUGCCUGCAUAUUCUAUGCCUCACAGCUAUAUUCCUUGUGCCACUUAAUAGCAUAUUGCCGAAGAUAAAUCUAUGUCAGGAUACUACAUUACUUAAGCUAAACUGGUCUGCCUUAUCAGCUGUAGUUUACUUAAUGACUUGUCACAGUGUAUAUGUUUUAGUGUACCUUGUAUUUCAGGUAUUAAGUUAACAAGAUAGAUUUUCAUUAGGUCAUGCAGCUAUUUUAUUAUACUAAAAUAUUAUAUCUACCGUUUAAUCUAUGAUUCCAUAUGCCAUAGCUCACCUACUUUAUAAUUUUACAGUUUAAGAUUGUAAUUUUCCUAAAAGACAAAUUGCCUAAUCAUGUCUCGAUAAACUUUGCUUCAAUACUUCAUUGUUUGUUACUUUGGCAAGGAUCUUAUUUUUUUUUAAUGAAAGCACUGUUUCAUAGUAAUAUAAAGAAAAGUUGCAGCAUACUUGCAACUUACCCUUGCUAGCUAGACAAUAAUACUUCAGCAUCAUGUUAAGACUCUGCAACCAAAGUAUCAUGAACUUCUGAAGAUAAUUGUAAUUGUAAAUAUGCCCUUAAAAGACCUGAAACCUUAUGCGAGAAUCUGUCAUAAUAGAUUUAUCUUUAGUCUGUACAUAUCACAUAUACACUGCAGUUUGGUGUUGGUUAUAAUCUUGCCAUAUGAAGACUAGGUUGGGGUGCUUUCAUGCUUAGCUCAUGCAGGGACAAAGGAGGCAGAAUGAGGCAUGCAUCUCAAAAGAAAAAGUUUAAAUAUCUUGUUUGGAGAAGUUAGCAGGUAAAAAUUAUGUAUGACAUUGAUUCUUUUUGGAAUCUUGAUGAUGAUAUGAAUUAUUUCCUGAAUUCAGGUGGCCUAAUGAGUGGUUUCAAAGGAUAUAUGAAUGCUAAGGAAGUAGAUAUAUUGUGGUGGAGAAAGUGACAUGAAUACUGUAAGUACAGACUUGAAAGGUAAACACUGGAUUGUAAUAUAAUGCAAGUCAUAGUAAUCAAGCUGUUAAAAAAUAAACAAAGGAUGUACACCAAAUGUCUAGAAAAAAAAAAUCAUCCCAGUGUAAACAUGUGUAUCGUCAGAAUAUAUUUGAUAAUGCACUUGGUCAUCUGCCUUAAAUACAUAUUCAUUGUGUCUCUAUACACUUUUUAACCUAAUGCCAGUCAAAUACAUUUUCAUAUUUUUUCUCUAUUUCUUACUAUGAACAAAGCAGUAAGCAGUCACAUAUGACCAAUAUUCAAAAGAAAAAGGAAACCUUAUCUGAAAUGUAAAAAUGCCAUUACAUUCUCAAUUAUGCAACUUGAGCUUAGUCCCAACACAGGUCUUGAGUGUUGGUAACUUAAGUCAUUUUGCUAUCACGACCUAGAAUCCCAUUUCAUAUAUCCUGUAUCAUGUUUAUAUAAUGUAUAUGUAUCUUGAUGAUAUAUAUAUUUGUGAUGUUUAUACUUUAAAGGAAAAUGUUACAUACAUUAAUACAAAUAAAACCCUAAUGUUUGAUAC